AAAGGGGCCGCCAAGGAAAUAGGUUAUAUUCCUGCGCUAAGCCGAGCAUAGUAAUAGAAGAAGAGAAGAAUGACACCAUCCAAGCUUCUGAUAAAAUAGCUUCUCAUGCAAACCCGUAAUUUUCUACCAAGACAAUGGAGCGUGAUGGACGGAGACUUCCUGCUGGCACUCCGGAUGCAGGAGGAGUGGGAGGCGGAGGAGGCUGCGGCGUCCUCCUCCUCCUCCUCGUCCCCUUCUUCUGUCCCGCGGCCGCUCUCGGUGGUGGACGAAGCCUGGGAGCUGCUGGACCCCAGCCCCGACGUGCGAGGCCUCUUCCUGCAGUUCAACGAGACCCUUUUCUGGGGGCGUUUGGCGGCCGUGGAAGUGAAGUGGAGCCCGCGCAUGACGCUGUGUGCUGGAGUUUGCUGCUAUGAAGGACGGGGUGGUAUGUGCUCCAUCCGACUCAGUGAGCCACUUUUAAAGUUACGGCCAAGGAAAGAUCUCGUAGAGACUCUGUUACAUGAAAUGAUCCAUGCCCUGUUGUUUGUGGACAACAGCGUCAAAGAUCGUGAGUCCCAUGGCCCAGAGUUCUGCAAACACAUGCAUCGGAUAAAUCGCUUAACUGGGGCCAAUAUUACGAUCUAUCAUGAGUUUCAUGAUGAAGUAGAUUCCUAUCGCCAGCACUGGUGGAGAUGUAAUGGUCCAUGUCAAAGUAGAAAGCCAUAUUUUGGUUAUGUGAAGCGUGCAAUGAAUAGAGCACCAUCUGCAAAGGAUUUCUGGUGGGCUGAGCACCAACAGACUUGUGGGGGGACAUUCACUAAGAUCAAAGAGCCAGAGAACUACUCCAAGAAAGGCAAAAAAAAGACUGAUCAAACAAAAUCUCUAGUUGAUGACAAAGGAAGAGCUCAUGGAGGCAACGUACAAAGCAUAAUUCCUUUUAGUGGAAAAGGAUAUGUGCUUGGAGGAAAAAGCAGUGUGUUGUCCUUAGGAAGAUUCACAAGUCCAAGCAACAGUAAGAGCAGAGAGCUGCUUGGUUCACAGCAUCAUUCACCAGUUGGCUCAUCAAGACCAAAUCCUAAAAGUGAAACAGACUUGGAACAUAAUGUUCCCUGUACAAACACUUCCCCUCCAUUUUCUUGCAGCGGUGGUGACAAAAAUAGCUAUGUUUCCAGCAUCACACUUCCUAAAAUAUCUGUUGCUAAUACAAAAGCUUACACUAAUGUUAAUGGCUCACCAAUUAGAAACAGUUUUCUUAAUGGAAGAAGAUCAGAUUGGAACUCUACAAAUGCUAAAUGGGAUUUAUCACCAAAGGGAACAUUAAAAAGAAGCAUUCCUGAACCUGCACCAACUCUAUCCACUCCAGGACCUCAGACUGCAUCUCAAGGAAAUGGAAGCAUGAAUACAUCUAGUGUGCCACCAAAACGAGCCAAAAUGGAAGAUACAGCUGCCUUUGAAAAUUACUUCAUAAAGAAAGCAGAGCCAGGGUGGGCUAGCCCUUCUGUGAGGAGCAAGGCUGAACCAACAUCCUUGGGAAAAUCUGUUACUUCUAUGAGUGAUCAAAGUAGAAAGGUUAGCUGCCCUGUCUGUCACUCUGAGGUUUUGGAAGCUAAAAUCAAUGAACACCUAGACUCCUGUCUCUGAGGUCCAUUAAAAUUAUCCUAACCUUAAAGGUUCUUCUUUUCUCAGGGGUUGUCCACCUGAACAUUGCAUGUGUUCAGUGCAGUCUUCCAGAUUUCUUCUAGAUGAGGAAUUCACUUUGGGCAUGGCACUUUGUAUAUGAAGUAGGCUGUAAGGCUUUUUCAGCUUAAGGAAAUCAUUCUAAUUUGGGCACUCUUGCUAGUAAUGCAACCAAUUUUGAACACAUCUUACAGCCAUAAGAGAAUUUUUAAAGGAGUUUUGAAGAAACAAAUACACAUUUUUGUAUGUUUAACAAAAUAUAUAUUCUAAAAAUAAAACACUAAGCUUGUUUGCUAGCAUUGUCAAUACUUGUGCAUAUGCUCUUGAGAAUCCUUUACUGAACAUGUGUUAAAUACUACAUUUUAAGAAAGUUUCUCAGUUACUAGUUUCAGAUCUAAUUUGGAAACGAGUGGGUUAUGCUGUUUAUCACUCAUAAGCAGCACAUUUCAGUAUAACCAAUACUACUCCCAGUUCAAAAAUUAUAUCUCAUGAGAAUUCCCUCCUCAAACCUUUCAAAUAUGGGUGUGGGGUUCUUGAUUAUCGUAUUGAUUUCAGUAUUAUACAUGCUGCUGUUGUAUCUCAGGACUAAGGGAAAUGUUAUGGAAAUGGGAGAGCCAAGAUGAAUAAAGUAGGCCAAGUAUUCUGCUAUAUGUGCAACUGAGAGCCAUUUGUGACAUAAUUGCUUGUAUCCUAAAGCUGGUUCUUGGAAAGAUAGCAUGCAUGUGAACAUGUGUUAAGGAUAACUUCUGUAUCUUGUGUAAAGAAAAUCCCAUUUUCUGAACAUAUGGAGUCUAGAUCAUGACAUUGACUGUGGGCAAAUUGUGUGGAUUAUUCUAGUUAAACAUCUUGCUCUGUGCACUAUAUAGCAGACUAUUACAACCAUUCUCCUAAGGCCUCUGUAAUUGUCUAAUCUGUUUAUUUAAAUUUAGGGUUUGUGUAAGAUAGAAAACUACAGGGAUUGUGACAUAACAUAUAUACAUUUGUAUAUCGGAAUCGGUUCUAGAUCUCUUCGGGCUUCUCGGGUGAUGUGCAGUUUGCUAGUGAUCUAAAAGGUCAAUUUUUUCCUAGCCUUGUUCUGUUCUAUCAGUUUAAAUAUUCAAUGGGAGAAGAAGUCCAGAUUUAAUGUUGAGAGUUGCAAAGCCUUCCCACCCACACCCACCCCUUCAAGGUAGUAUUCAAAUAUGUAAAGUUCAUAUAUACUGACAGGUGAUUUUUGACUGACGGUGAUUUGCAUAAAUUAGGGUGCCUUCAAAUUUGCAGUUUCACAAAACUAAAUUGGAAAUCCCCAAAAUUGCCUGCUCUAAAUAAAGUUUACUACAACUGAA